AUGUCUUCGGUAGGUGUUGGAGACAGUGUGCGCUGCUACCACUGCGGCGGCGGUCUCCGGAACUGGGAGCCGGGAGACGACCCCAUGAAAGAGCACGCCAAAUGGUACCCGUCCUGUCAACAUGUCAUCAUUACCAAGGGCAAAACCUACAUCCACAGCGUAGAGGCCUGCGAAAAUCCCGAACAAAAGUCGGCAAGGAGACGACAUGCAAGUAUUACCUGUCUCUGUAAAAAAGAAGAUAAACCAUCAUCGCUAGACGAUUCGGGAUCGGAACAACAACAACAACAACAAGCGACGCAAGCAGCUGCUAAGUUCGGAUAUUCAGAGGAGAACAUUAAAAUUGCAGCGUAUAAAUUUCGGGAACGAUAUGGAGCCUCCUCAAAGUUUAAAGAAUCUGAUUUGGUGUCAAUUUUGAUGGAAAAGGAAGACGACCCUGACCUUGCUUUGAAUGCCAAUGUUUUUGAGUCGUGCGCACCAAAUACUCCUUCUGACGAUACAGAAGUCGAAGUUGACGAUCUUCAAAGUCUUAUGCUUGAGAACGAAAGACUUAAAGAUUUACUCAACUGUAAAAUCUGCCUGGACAGGAGGGCGAACAUAGUAUACCUACCCUGCGGUCACAUUUUCAGCUGCCCACAGUGUUCCCGCGCUCUCGACCGCUGUCCAAUCUGCCGCAGUGCAAUAAAUGGCCUCGUCAAGGCGAAAUUUUCAAACACUAAACAUGAGGUUGCUUUUGACUAUGAUGAUGCUCUAUAA